AUGCACGUUCGAGCCAACUUCCCACCGUUAUGUGGCCGUGAUCAUUUGGCUUUCAGGUCAUACUAUCACCCAUGCAAGAAUGUGAUUGACGGUGAUCUUUGUGAGCAGUUUGGUCUGAUGGAUACGGCUGCUCAACGAGAAGUCACAGAAGGACUUGAUCGGACCACGAGCGAGAUUUCGAAGAAGUUGGAGGAUAUUCGUACGAGAUAUGCGUUCUAA